AUGAGACAAUCCUUGUCUUUCUUCUCCUCCCCUGUAUUCUUCUUUCUGGUCAUUCUAUUUCUAGCCAAGGUUGAUGCUGAUAUCGUCAAUGAAACAUGUAAAAAAGCUUCUCAGGUUGACAAGGAGCUCCAAUAUGACUUGUGCGUUGCGGCUCUUAGACAAGAUCCCAAGAGCCACAGUGCAGAUCUCUCAGGGCUAUGGAUCAUCUCAGCAAAUUUAGUCAAAGACAAUACAACAAAGAUUAGUUCACGGAUUGAGGAGCUCUUGAAAUCCGAUCCAGAUGUUAAGGGUUGCUUGCGGGAAUGUAAGUUGCAUUACUCUAUAGCGGAGCUUAAUACAAAACGUGCAAUUGAAUCCUUCGAAUCUAAGAAUUACAAGGAUGCUAAUGUUGCUGUGAGUGCCGCGUUAACCGAUGCUACGACUUGUGAAGACGCGUUUAAGGAGAGUGGCCUAAAAUCGCUUUUGAUAGCAGAGUAUAAUUCUUACUGCCAGCUUUGUUCAAUUGCGCUGGAUAUUGGCUCUUUUUUUAUAUGA